AUGGAGGUACCUGGAGGGCUUCUCGGAGGAGUCAAGCCGGAUCCUGUCAACGCGAAGCGCCGGGUGCCGUUUGGGGAGCUCUUGGGGUGUCAGGAAACGGUGGAGGGGGCUCUCCUUGUGGCCGUGGAAGUGGGGGACUCGGUGGGUUCUCUGAGGCUGGGGGGCGGGGGGAGGGAGAGAGGACGGGCGGGAGGAGGCAGUCUCUCAGAGGCAGCCCCGGGAGAGCGGGCUUGGGAUGCCCGCCAGCGACACACACAGGGCAGCAGGGAGGGGAGGCGGUGGGCACGCUCAGGGGUGCCAGGAGAGGGCUCUGUGCGAGCUGGGGCUGGGCGGAGGGGCACGGGAGCAAAGGUGUCAACCCCAGCGCCCACGGCACCCCCGUCCGGUCCCGCAUACGAUGGGCUCUGCGCGUGUGUGCACCCAUACCCCACACGCACACACAGACUGCUGAUCCCAGAACGAAGCAAGCUCAGAGAGGGCAAGUGGCACGACCCAGUCACCACAGAGCCCGGCCUGUGCGCUCCUCCUCCAGCUGCCUCUCUGCGCCAGGGGCGCACCUGCAAACCGCAUCCUCCCCCCAAUCCUGCUCUCCCGUCUGGACUACAUGGGGCAGCACUGGGCGGCGUGGAGGUGCGAUGGUGCACCGUGUCCGAACCGGAACAGCAGAAGUGCAGCGACAUGAGCCAGGCCUUCCAGCACGCGGACCUGCAGCCAGCGCUGCUGUGCGUGCAGGGCACCUCGGCCGAGCACUGCAUCCAGCUCAUCGCGGCCCAGGAGGCUGACGCCAUCACUCUGGAUGGAGGAGCCAUUUACGAGGCGGGGAAGGAGUACCACCUGAAGCCCGUGGUGGGUGAAGUAUAUGACCAAGAGGUGGGCACCUCCUACUACGCCGUGGCCGUGGUCAGAAAGAGCUUCAAUGUAACCAUCAACACCCUGAGAGGCGUGAAGUCUUGCCAUACGGGCAUCAACCGCACGGUGGGCUGGAACGUGCCCGUGGGCUUCCUGGUGGACAGCGGCCGGCUCUCGGUGAUGGGCUGCAACGUGCUCAGAGCUGUCAGUGAGUACUUCGGGGGCAGCUGCGUCCCCGGGGCCAGAGAAACCAGCUACUCCGAGUCCCUCUGUCGCCUCUGCCGAGGCGACAGCUCCGGGGAGGGAAUGUGUGACAAGAGCCCCCUGGAGCGGUACUACGACUACAGCGGGGCCUUCCGGUGCCUGGCAGAAGGGGCAGGGGAUGUGGCUUUUGUGAAGCACAGCACAGUGUUGGAGAACACGGACGGGAGAACGCUGCCCUCCUGGGGCCGCCCACUCAUGUCACGGGACUUCCAGCUGCUAUGCCGGGAUGGCAGCCGCGCCGAUGUCACGGAGUGGCGGCGAUGCCACCUGGCCCGGGUGCCAGCUCACGCUGUGGUGGUCCGAGCUGACAUGGAUGGAGGCCUCAUCUUCCGGCUUCUCAAUGAAGGGCAGCGUCUGUUCAGCCACGAGGACAGCAGCUUCCAGAUGUUCAGCUCGGAGGCCUACGGCCACAGGAACCUGUUGUUCAAGGACUCCACGACGGAGCUGGUGCCCAUCGCCACACAGACCUACGAGGCCUGGCUGGGCCACGAGUACCUGCACGCCAUGAAGGGUCUGCUUUGUGACCCCAACAGACUGCCCCCAUACCUACGCUGGUGUGUGCUGUCCACCCCCGAGAUCCAGAAGUGCGGGGACAUGGCCGUGGCCUUCAGUCGGCAGAGGCUCAAGCCUGAGAUCCAGUGUGUGUCAGCCGAGUCACCCCAGCACUGCAUGGAACAGAUCCAGGCUGGCCACAUCGACGCAGUGACGCUGAAAGGAGAGGACAUUCACACGGCAGGAAGGACAUAUGGGUUGAUCCCGGCUGCUGGGGAGCUAUACGCAGACGGCGACAGAAGUAACUCAUACUUCGUGGUGGCGGUGGUCAAGCGUGACAGCUCCUACGCCUUCCCCCUGGACGAGCUGCGCGGGAAGCGUUCCUGCCAUCCCAGCUUUGGCAGCCUCGAGGGUUGGGACGUGCCCGUGGGCGCCCUCAUCCACAGGGGCUUCAUCCGGCCCCAGGGCUGUAAUGUCCUCACAGCCGUGGGUCAGUUCUUUAACGCCAGCUGCGUGCCCGUGAACAAUGCCAAGGAGUAUCCUUCUUCGCUGUGUGCGCUCUGUGUGGGCGACGAGCUGGGCCGCCACAAAUGCAUCGGCAACAGCCAGGAGCGGUACUACGGUGACAGUGGCGCCUUCAGAUGCCUGGCAGAGGGUGCCGGGGACGUAGCCUUCGUCAAGCACACAACUGUCUUUGACAAUACUAACGGCCACAAUUCUGAGCCCUGGGCUGCCCAUCUCAGGACUCAGGACUACGAGCUGCUGUGUCCCAAUGGGGCACGGGCAGAGGUGCACCAGUUCGAAGCCUGCAACCUGGCCCGGAUACCAUCACACGCUAUCAUGGUGCGGCCUGACACCAACAUUUUCACUGUGUACGGCCUGCUGGACAAGGCCCAGGACCUGUUUGGAGACGAUGGCAACAAUAACGGGUUCAGAAUGUUCGACUCCUCCAACUACCACGGCCAAGACCUGCUCUUCAAAGAUGACACAGUCCAGGUGGUACCUGUGGGGCAGAAGACCACCUACCGGGACUGGCUGGGGCCUGACUACGUGGCAGCGCUGGAAGGCAUGCUGUCCCAACAGUGCUCGGGAGCAGCCGCCAAUGCCCCCAGGGCCUUGCUGCUGCUGCUGCUGUCACUGCUGGCCCUGGCUAAUGGCCUCCUCCUGCUCUCCGUCUGAAAGAAGCUCUGGGCGGACUUGGCCAGCAGCUCACAGGGCAUCACGCCAUCGCGGGGGGAUGCGAGACCCCGGGACCACCGUGCUCCCUGCCUGAGGGCAACCUCCCGCCAGUCAUGCCCAGACCCAGGAUCUACUGCAGGGCACCUGCUGGCCCCCAUGCCAGGGAACCGUGCCUCAUGCAGGCCUGG